GUAAAGGAUGUUAUUACAUACACUAUGGCUUUUUUCCGCUGUCUCAAAGUAGUUUUGGUGAACUUCAUCACACAAUUCGCAGUAUCUGCCAUAUAUGAGGAAAGUAAACGUCCUUUGGAAGUUUUCAACUUGGUGCCUUCUGUAAGCUACAGUCGGGAAGUUAAGCGAUUGUACGAGCAAGUUUCCACUGACACUUUAGCUCUUUCUGGUUGCCAGUUCUUUUUUGUUACUCGUUCUGUUAUUUUAACAAUGGUGAGUACCAUAGUUACCUACGAGGUGGUCCUGAUACAGUUCGGAAGCUACGAGCCACACUCUAAACAACCCAACAGCAGCAUUCCACUUUACUGCAUGGAGUAUAUUUUGCCCAACCAUACAAAACACCUUUAAAUUCCUACAUCAAACUACAAUUUCAGAAGUACAAGCACCUCUAGUUAUCUGGAUAAAUUAAAUAAGUGAUGUGCGUUCC